AUGCCUUGUUUUUCUACUUGUUCAGGUCAGUAUAUAUAUAUAGUAUAAAAGUAAAACCACAUAAAACCUUGCCUCAUUACAUUUUCCAAGCAAGGCAAGGAAAAGUUUGAUCAACCUUGCAAGCCAGGGUCUUUUACUUCUGCACGGUGCUCCAAGUGCAGAUAAAAGACCCUGGCUUACGAGGUUGAGGUUUGAUUGGGUAAACAGUAUAUAAUGCUAAUAUAUUCCUGUUGGAUUGAACAACAGUGAUGUUAAUGUCAUCUUGGCCACAUUAUGCUGUAGCUAUUAAUCUCCACAUACACGAAAACGAGGCUCCAUAGCCAAAGUGACGCACUUUCCCCUGAGGGUGUAUUGUAACCUAUUAACUAUUUCAAUAAAUUUUAUUAGUUAUUCAUAAUGAAGAACUACCCAAAAUAAGCUACUUGAAAGAUGGUAACGAAAGUCAACUAGGUCCUGACGAGCAAUAUCCAGACUGGUUGUGGACGUUGAAAGGGACUAAACAGGACUUAAAUGAACUCGAUCCGCAUGGCAGAACAUACAGCAGAAUCUUACGAAAGAGACAGCGCAGAGAUGAAAACGAGCGAAGAAAAAUGAAAAGAUUUUGA